GGGAAAGAAUUUUACUCUCGAUCAAAUUCCUGAUAUGACAGGCAAGGUCUGCAUUGUCACAGGCGGCAAUACUGGAAUUGGCAAAGCUUGCGCUUUUGCAUUCGCAAAGAAAAACGCCCAUGUCAUUAUCGCCUCUCGUACGCCUUCAAAAGCUCUUGCAGUUGUAGAAGAAAUCAAGAAUGAAACCAAGAACGAACUUGUUGAAUUCAUCCAGUUAGACCUCCUCUCUCUUGCUUCUGUCACCAAGUUUGCAAGUGAGUUCAAGGCCAAGAAGCUUCCGCUCCAUGUUUUGCUGAACAAUGCUGGAGUUAUGGCGUGCCCUUUUGCUCUCUCUGAAGAUGGUUAUGAAUCACAGUUUGCUACCAAUCAUCUAGCUCACUUCCAUCUCACUAUGCAAUUGCUCCCGGUUCUGGAGGAGAGCCAGCCUAGUCGUGUCGUCAAUGUCUCUUCAUGGGGACACAAUACCAUCUAUUUCCACGGUUUAGAUCUUGAGACUAUGAAUGAUGAAAGCAAGUAUAGCGCCUUCGUUUCAUACGGUCGAUCCAAGGCUGCCAAUAUUUUGUUCACACGUGAGCUCUCACAGAGAUUGGAACAGAAGGGUGUGAAAGUAAGAUUGGCUUGAUAGUGGCAUAUUCGAAUCGAUUCAUUUUUUAACUCAACCCAAUGCAGGGAAUAUAUGUAAACAGUUGUCACCC